AAUCCCAACACAUUGCAGUUGUUAAACACCUUCCACUUAGAUACUCAAUACUCCUUUUACAGUUACUUUCCCGUGAAACAUAAGCAAAACAAAAAGAUAAUUAAUUCUCUCAUAUUCCCACUUCCCAAACACUCUUAGAAUCCCAAUUCUCGACUUUGAAUGGCAUUCCCACUUCGCAAAAUGGAGCUCCGACCCUUGGGAAACACUGGCCUCCGUCUCAGCGCCGUCGGCUUCGGAGCCUCACCGCUCGGCAGCGUCUUUGGACCCGUCUCUGAAGCCGACGCCGUUUCCUCCGUUCGUGAAGCCUUUCGCCUCGGCAUCAACUUCUUUGAUACCUCUCCGUAUUAUGGAGGGACAUUGUCAGAAAAGAUGCUUGGGAAGGCACUCAAAGCUCUGAAUGUUCCCAGAAACGAAUACAUUGUGUCAACAAAGUGUGGGAGGUAUGUUGAAGGAUUUGAUUUUAGUGCUGAGAGAGUGACUAAGAGCAUUGAUGAGAGUUUGGCAAGGUUGCAGCUGGAUUACGUUGAUAUACUACAAUGUCAUGACAUUGAAUUUGGGUCUCUUGAUCAGAUCGUGAAUGAAACCAUUCCCGCUCUUCAGAAACUGAAGGAAGCUGGGAAAAUUCGUUUCGUUGGUAUUACUGGACUUCCCUUGGAAAUUUUUACGUACGUGCUCGAUCGGGUGCCACCUGGUUCAGUUGAUGUGAUUCUUUCAUACUGCCACUACAGUAUUAAUGAUUCAACAUUGGAGGAUUUACUGCCUUACUUGAAGAGCAAGGGGGUCGGUGUUAUUAGUGCUUCCCCUCUUGCAAUGGGGCUUCUUACUGAUAAUGGUCCUCCAGAAUGGCACCCUGCCUCACCUGAACUCAAGUCUGCAUGUAAAGUUGCUACUGCCUAUUGUAAAGAGAAGGGAAAGAACAUUUCAAAGUUAGCCAUGCAGUACAGCUUGUCAAAUAAGGAUAUUUCAUCGGUGCUGGUUGGCAUGAACUCCAAUAAGCAGGUAGAGGAGAAUGUUGCUGCCGCCGCGGAACUAGCACUUUUUGGGAAGGAUCAGGAAGCUCUUGCUGGCGUUGAAGCAAUCCUAAAACCAGUGAAGAAUCAAACAUGGCCAAGUGGAAUAUAGAAGAGCUGACAUAUUUACCUCUACAACCAUUUGCACCUUGUACUUAGUAAGGCCAAGCCUACCCAUAUUACAAGUGGGAGGGCUGAUAAAACCUUAUCAAACACAAAUAUAUAUAUUUGAGAAUCCUUAUGAAGAUGAAUGCAAGUUUCUUCUAGUAUUUUAGGCAUAUUAUCUAAUGAGAAGAGGCAAUUUCCCCAUGAAAUAAAAACUUUGAUUUGAUGCUUUGUGUUCCAAAUAUUUGUAGCAUUAUCAACUCAAUAUCAUAGUAUGACAUUCAAACUAUUUUUCCCUUUUAGAUAUUUCUCUUCAAUAAAUUUUGUUGUCUUACAUUAGUUU